AUCCUGGUCACUUGAAUUGUCCGGCAUUUCGGACCAAGACGAUGAUGAUGAGAUUAAGCUUGCAAACCUUUUGUCCUCUUUAUUGAAUCCACCACGUUCCCCAGCUUCAGUCAUGCCAGGAACAGGCAAGAUGGCAGCUCAGCAGGGCUAUCAGCCAGCUGUCUUAUAUAAACUCCUCAUUUUCGCCCUGCUCAUGGCCAUUGCUCCUAUUGCUACCUACUUUGCGUCUCUACACUACAUCUGGAAGGGAUCAACAAUCGCCGCUGCCAUCUCCGCGGUCAUGGUUGCCAAUGCCGUUCUUGUUGGAUAUGUGGUGGUGGCCUUUAGAGAGGAUCCCCCGGACCCGAUCACCAUGGACAAGAAGAACAAGUAGUCAAGAGACGGCAAUCUAAUGAAUGCACAGGAAUCUAUGGUUAACUUGAGCCCUUUAUAUGUCCCUCCGACAACCAUCAAUCAGAAUACACGUUUAGGUAGAAGCUGACUCAGGAAUGACGGUGGACUGGAUCCACUACCGAACGAAGAAGAGGGUGGCAGUGUCCUGGUCGGCGUCGGAAUGGAGUCUUUAUCCUCUAUGCUCUUUGGCUGAGAGAUUUUGUAAAGCUGAGCCAAGGAGUCUGGGCCAGUGAUGAUCUGCGG